UUGUUUUUUCUUGAAGGAACUUUCUCUCUCUCUUUUACUUCUCUCUCUCUCUCUCUCGGAGUAAGUGUGGCGGAUUCUGAGGGAAAUCGGGCGUUCCUUCGCCGGAGGAGACGCGGAGGGGAGUCCUCGGGUCCGUGGAUAUAGUGGCGUCAUUUUUAUCGAGAUAUCUGGAGUUUUUUUUUUUGUCAACGGCGGAGAUUCGGCUUAUUUCCGGCCGUCCGCGGAGUAAGUAGCGGUAGAACGCCGGAUUUCACUUGUGCCAUCGCGGAUCGGGAGGAGUUAGACCUUAAUUGUUUUGUGUCGUCACGAGUGCGAAAGAUCAGCGGAGAUCGGUAAAUCGUCUUCAUGCGAGGGUUUUCUAAAGCUGUUCGGAUGAGGCAGGGGACUUGAGUUAGUCUUGUGGUGGAUCUCGGCGGAGAGAUGUUUUCCGCUGCGUGUGUUGAUUUAUCUCCGUCAUGCCAUUUAGUUCUCGCGCAGGCAUGUCGUUGAAGCGCUCCGGUCACCGAGAUGGAAACGCUCGGGAUAUGUCUGGCGAUUUUUCUGAACUGAGGUUGAAUUCGAGCGCGCCGAAUUCUUCAUUGGUUCCUUCGUCUUCAUCACCGUCAUCAUCUUCUGGUGUCAGUUACAUUGAGCAUCGCGUUUCUAGGUUUGACACUCUUGCCGGCAUAGCCAUCAAGUAUGGUGUAGAGGUUUCAGACAUAAAACGCCUAAAUGGUUUGGUUACAGAUCUUCAAAUGUUUGCUCAUAAAACAUUGCAGAUACCUCUACCAGGAAGGCAUCCCCCAUCUCCGAUCUUAUCAAAUGGAUCUGCUGACCAAGAAAAGGGAAGCAGCCUAAGAACCCCUCCAAGAUAUCCACAGAGAGCUUUGCUUAAGGACUUCCAAUCACCUAAACCACAACGAAAAGUUUCUCCAGCAAUGAGCAGUUUACAAGGUUACUAUGGUCUGGUGCCUUCUGUUGGCAACGGCGGUAAUGCCACUGAAGGUACAGAAAUGACUCUAUAUAGAAUAACGAGCAGUCAGGUCUCACGAGAUGAACCUCCUUCAUCCCCCAAGGCAAAUGGGACGGCUGGUUCAUCCUUAGGCAGACACAGGAAAUCCCGAAGCUUGGUGGAUGUGUCUCAGGCAGAGAAUGGUGAAUCCACGGAGGAUGUCAUGGUUGCAGAAGCUGGUGAUAAUGAUGUGGAGAAGUCAAGUGAGAAAUCUGUCAGGAGACGCCAGAAGGCUGAUGCUGAUGGAGCUUCUCCAAGCCCAGCAUUGAUACUUAAGGAAGAAAACAGUGGUGGGUUCUUGGGGAGGUUCGGUAGAGGCCUGGCUCUCAGGCCAAAAUCUGCAAGCAAAGCAAACCUAGCAGGUAUUGAUAUGGAAACUACUAGCAAUGGUCAUGCACAUUACGCUGGGGACUCUUCCAUGGCCAGUGGAUUUGCUGGGGUCCGGCGCUCAUCAAGCACCUCCAACCUGCAAGAGUCCUUUGAGAAUGUUGCUUCAAGCUGGUCAGCAACCAAGUGGCUGAAACCCGAUCUACAGGCUCUUUCAGCAGUUGCAAUCACCAGACCAAUAUUUGACGGCUUGCCAAAGCCUAUAAGUGGAAAACGUAACAAGGCUGCUCUUGAUUAAAGCUUUACAAGUAACUACUGCUUUAGCAAUAGCAAGAUUCUUUGGGCAAGUGAACAAGAAAAUAAUAGUAAUUCAUUUAUUCGAUCCAUGAAGCUCCAUUCAGUGUGAUGGUUUAUGAGCCAUUCUUCAUCCAAGUGUCAACGGAGCUGAGCACGUUUACAAAGAUAUAUAGUAAGCAGUUAUAUAUGUAUAAGAAAACAGAAAGAAUAAGAAAGCAAUGUCGUGAUAGUUGUUCUUCGACUGGGUUUCA